AUGGAGGAAUACACAAACAGCGAUGAAAUAAAAAUGAACAAAAGUAAAGAAGAGCCAGAUUGUAAUACGAAUAUAUUUUCUAGAAAUAAUGAAAUAUUUUUUAAUAAUGAAAAAUGUUAUAUUGUACAAGAAAUUCCUUUUAAUGAUUUCUAUAAUUACAAUUAUGAGCAAAUAAAAAAGUUUAAUAAAUCUGAAAAGGAAUCCUAUUAUAUAAAUGGAGACACAUCUUCAUGUGACAAUACCCAUGUUAGUACAAACAGUGACGAUAAAAUACAACUUAAUAAAUAUAUUCAAAAAGAAAAAGAGAAUAAUCAAAGUGUAUGUAAUUCAUCCGUUGAUAGUGAUGAGCAUAAUAAGGACACAAAAAAAAACAAAGUUAAAAAAUUAAAAAAUGAAUUUUUAAAACAAUGUGAAUUUAGUAAUGAUGGAUGUUGCUACUAUACAAUUUCAAGUAAAAACAAAUUGCGAUUAUAUGCAACAGACAUUACAUUGUUAAAUGCCUUUUCGAAUGAUAAUAAUGAUAAUAAUAUUUUGGAAAGCUUGUAUGAAAAUUAUAAGAAUAUAAAUGAUGAUGAGAUAGAGAGAAGAAAUAAUUGUUGGAUAAAUAUGAAAAAAAAUGGGCAUAUUUAUGAUUGUAAGUUUUAUCCUUAUUUUGAUUGGAAUAAUAAUAAUACAUGUUUUUUUGCACUUACUUCAAAAGAUGUACCUGUAAGUAUAUAUAGUGCAUAUGAUGGUUCUGAUUUAAUGUCUUUUAAAUUAUUUAACGACAGUCAAGAGUUAAGUAAUUGUUAUUCUCUUUGUUUUCAUCCAGAAAAAAAUUGGUUAUUAUGCGGCACAAAAAAUAGAUCAAUAAAAGUAUAUGAUCUUAAUAAGCCAAAUGAAAUUUGUGAAAAUCGAAUAUUAGGCACAAGAAAAGGAAAAGGACAAAAAGGAAUAAUAUCAACUAUUGAUUAUAAAAAAGAAGGUUAUGGUAAUAAUUCUAUAUAUGCAAUUGGUGAUUAUAAUGAUAUUUUAUAUAUAUAUGCUGAUAAUUGUAAUCAUAAAAAUGACUAUAUAUUAAAAUUUUCAAAUAAAUAUAAUUCCAACGGUAUAACAUGUGUUAAAUGGUAUGGUGAAUAUAAUAUUUUGAGUGGUAGUAGAAAUGGAUCAUAUAUAUUUUUAUAUGACAUACGAAAUAAUAAUGAACAUGUUCAGAAAUUUAAAAGAUUUGCAUUAACAAAUCAGAAAUUUUUAUUUGAUAUACAUAAAAAUUAUAUUAUUUCUGGUGAUACUUAUGGCUAUCUAAAUUUUUAUAAUAUAGAAAAUAAUGAAUUAAUACAUAAACAGCUAGUUAAUAAAUAUUCUCCAAUUGUUUCUGUUAAUGUACAUUCUACUUACCCUUUUAUAUUAACAGGGUCAGGUACAAGACGAUUUUAUCAAAAUUGUAAUUCAAACAUUGACAUAUCUUGUACUAGUCCAAUAUAUAACAAUACAAAUAUACAUAAAGAACCCUCUUUUAAUGUCGAUCACGACGACACAUUCAACCAUUUCCCUUCUACAUCCAACUACAUAAAUAGUGUUUGUACAAUUUUUUGUAAAUUUUUGUGUAACACAUAA